AUGUCAAAGUGCACCACAGUCAAGUUCACGGCAAAGUUUCUUGUUGUGGCAAGUGGUGAGAAUAGUGCAGAGAAUAUUCCAAUGAUCCCUGGACUAGAAAACUUUCCAGGUGAUGUCAUCCACUCCUCAAGCUACAAGUCAGGCAAGAGCUACUCUAGCAAGAAUGUAUUGGUCGUUGGAUCUGGCAACUCCGGGAUGGAAAUUGCUUAUGACCUUGCGACCCAUGUUGCCAAUACAUCGAUUGUUAUACGAAGCCCGAUUCAUGUAAUGACAAAGGAAUUAAUUCGUUUGGGGAUGACACUUGCUCACCAUCUUCCAUUGAAUCUAGUGGAUAAACUCCUUGUGAUGGCAGCGUAUUUAAUAUUUGGAGAUCUGUCACGACAUGGCAUCACAAGGCCAAAAAUGGGUCCAAUGACCCUCAAAUCAGAAACAGGCCGAUCUACAGUGAUUGAUGUUGGGACUGUUGGAUUGAUCAAAAAAGGCAUCAUCAAAGUUCAGGGGAGCAUUAGUAAGAUCAAGGGCAACAUAGUUAAAUUUCAAUGCAGUAAAAGAAUCUCAUUUGAUGCGAUUGUGUUUGCAACUGGAUACAAAAGCACGGCAAAUAUAUGGCUCAAGAAUGGUGAGAGCAUGUUAAAUGGCAACGGACUGCCCAUCCAAAAAUAUCUGAAUCAUUGGAAAGGUGAAAAUGGGCUCUACUGUGCUGGGUUAGCAAGGAGAGGAUUAGCCGGUAUUGCAGCAGAUGCCAAGAAUAUCGCUAAUGACAUCAAAUCUGUGAUAGACUCUAUGUGA